GCCAGAUAACUUCCAGGCGACCACGUGCAACUGUUGGUCACGUGGAAUUGAUGUUGUCACGGCAACAGUAAACUGGUAAGAGCGCACUGAGCAUCUUUGCAGUUUUUAUCGUCCACACUUCGGAAGUGACACAGAAAGAUGUCGGACGUAGGUUCUGAUGAGUUUGAUGAUGAACGCAGUAAAAUCGGGGAAUAUGAAGGGGACAGGAAUGAAGCAGGAGAGAGGCACGGAGUCGGUAAAGCUGUUCUGCCCAACGGAGACAAAUAUCAGGGUCGGUACGAGAACGGCGUAAGAAACGGAAAGGGGACAUAUCGCUUCAAGAAUGGGGCAAGAUAUGUGGGAGACUAUUGCCAGAACAAGAAACAUGGACAGGGCAGCUUCUACUAUCCAGAUGGCUCUCAAUAUGAAGGGUCGUGGGUUGAGGACCUGAGACAGGGUCACGGUGUCUACACUUACCCCAACGGAGACACGUAUAAUGGAGAGUGGAUGCAUCAUAUGAGGCAUGGACAGGGCAUUUACCACUACAGUGAAACUGGCUCAACGUACAAGGGCUCAUGGGUGAAUGGCAAGAUGGAGACAGCUGGAGAGUACAUCUACUCAAACCACAGAUACAUCGGCAACUUUGUCAACAACAAUCCACACGGCCAGGGGAAGUACGUGUUUGACAUUGGGUGUGAGCAGCACGGUGAAUACCAUCAAGCAGAGCAGGACCAAGCUGAGGGUGAGUGGGGCGCGUUGGCCUCCACCCCCGCCUUUAAGUGGAUUCCCCAGUGUUUCACGGGGCUGAAGCUGUUGACUCCAGGCAAAGACACUUCAGGUGGGGAAAAGGAAACCGCCUCAGCAGAGGAGGGAGCAGAGAACUGACCUGUGUGAUCAAUCCACAAUCCUGCAUCUUUCAACCUGUGUGUACAAAG